GUAUUAUCCUCGCCGUUAUCGUGUUGACGAAGAUCAGCUAUGGAUUCGUCUCAUUACAAUCCGAGCUACGGCCAAUGGAAUCCUCCUCUUCCCCUCCUUCCGCCGCCGCCAGUGCCUCCUCCUCCUCCUCCUCCUCGUGAAUCUCAUCCCGAUAGCCCUAACUUCUACGUUCCAUCAAGCCAAAACGGUGAGCAACGUCUCCAUUAUCUUCCACUCAAGCCGGCGGUUAAUCAGCCGUCUCCCUACUACUCCCAGCAACAGCCGCCGCAACAGCAUCUUCAAUGCAUUCCUGAGAAAUAUAGCUAUGAGUCUCAAAAAGUUUCGCAGCCGUUGUCGUUUAAGAAAUCUCGAGAUAUCUCUCAGUCUGCUGGGGUUGGUUACAGUGAUAGAAGGCUUGAUUCAUGGACAGUGGAUGCUGCUCAGGGACGGAGGGAUUCAUCAGGUGUUGGCAUUAAUCGUGGUUUAGAUGGUGGUUCUUGGUCUAGAGAUGAGUUUCGUAAUCUUGGACAUUUGAGAAAAGAAUCCGGAGCAGCUAGGAUAGAUGGAAACUAUCAAGACCGUGGUCAGUUAAAAGCAGAAUGUUUUAGGGGUUUAGAUGAUGGACAUAGGAGUUUAUCUUCACGUGUUGGUUAUAGCAGUGAAGGGGCUAGAAACCUGAGGUGGAAUGAAGCGCGGAGAAGGGAUGAAUACUAUCAUUUAGAUCGUGGAAGGAGAGAGGGGAGCAAUGACUCGAAGAGAACACCUGGGAAACUAACGCAGAAGAAGAGUGCUCUUCUUAGGCUUGAAACUCCAAGAAGCCAUCUGAACGGUAGAGAGAAUGCUCGGAACCGUUGUAGUUAUAGUGGGAGAAGGUUUAACUCUAAUUCGUUUAAGUGUAAAGAACACUUUGGUUAUUCUGAUCGUGGAUUGGUGGAGAAUCAAAGGGGGAGAACUUCAGUUAAUCUUGAUGUUUCGUUUCAAUCGAAUCGCUUGGUAGCUAAGUCUGUAGCUUCACCUGCCAGUGCAGGCAUCCACCCAUGCCGGUCUGUGACACCUAGGUCUAGUAAAGCUGGAAGAGCAUUGGUGCCUGAUAAAAGUGAGAAGGCUUCGGUAACUGAAGAAAAUGGAAACCAAAGUAUACUGAAGUCUCAUGAAGAUCUGUUGGACAGAACGGGUACUGGUUGUAAAGCUCUUUUGCCGAAGGGUAUGGAGAUGGAAGACAACGUGAAGAAGAAGACUAAUACUUCUCCUAAGAAAUUACUUAUAUCAUGGUCAACAGUUGCUGAUCUCUCCGGGGUUUCUGAAGCAAGAAUUCGUUUUGCUGGUAGUGUUCGGUCUCAACCUUGUGAAGAUGUGGAUAUGGAUUGUUUACCAUCAACGAAUUUAUCAGUGAUGGAUGUAAAUGCGGAAGAUGACAGCAAGGGGAUCAAUAAGAACGUAGAUUCUCUGUCUCUUGAAAAUGACUCUAGGGGUCUCCCCAAGUGUCCAGUUUCCUCUGCCUCUCUGGAGAUCCCUAAUGUUUCGACAGAGCUUGCUAAUGCAAAUAAUAAUGUUUCAGGGGAUCUAGCUAAUGCUCACAGUUCUACCGUUUGUACAUUUACCAAUACCAUGGUCAAUCCAUUAGUUGAGAAUGAGAAUGGUAACAGAGAAGAAUCCAUGGAAACUACAGCUCGUAAUAGUGCUGCAGAAAUGGCUGACAAUCGGGACAGUGAUAAAGGUGAAAAGGCUUGUGCAAAAGAUACUUCUUCAUCUCUUGCAAAGGUUGAUGUAAAGGAAUCAUCAAUUGUGUUGCCUGUUGAAAGAACUGAUGGCUGUUCAGGUAGUGGUGAAUCAGGUUUAGCUAUGGCAGUACCAUCUGACGUAUGUACGGAAAAUGUAAGUGCCGAGAGACUUGUGUCUGAUGAAGAUCUGGGUAUAGCAUCUCAUUAUCCUGCAGAAAUUCCUUCUGUGGAUCAGUUAAGUGGUUCAACUAUUAGAGGUUUGGAAGUUUGUUUACCUGAGCCAGAUGUUUCUCUGAGCAAAGGUAUUACUGAUGGUUCAGUUGAGUGUCUUGUUCAGCGAGACGUUAGACAAAAAGAUUCCACUUUUUGUAAUAGUUUGCCUGGCUCGCCUCCAUUGGUAACUAAAACAAAUCUUGCAGUUGGAAUUAAUGGCAUGUCUGCUUAUGAAACUGUUACUAAUGCUGAAUCUGGUCUCCUUGAAAGUCAACCAUGUUCAACAGUAUCUGAUGCAUUUGGUACUGUCUGGAAUCUCGCCGUGAAUAAAAAUCUGGACGAGGAUCCUUCAAGGGCUAGUUCUUGCUUGGUAUCUGAUAGUCCUGUUAUUCCAUGUCAUAUUUCUCCCUUGGUGGCAGUGACUGAGCAGAUACAAAACAAAACUUCUAUUCAAGCUAACUACAGUGAUUCUCGAGAUGGCAUCAUGCAUGAGGAAAAUAAUUGUGCUGAGAAGCCUGAUGUAGAUACUCAAGAUGAGAAAACAUACCCUUCUGGUGGAACUUUGAACUACAAAACUCGGGGAACUGAUAUUGUGGCUGUUACUGGGGGCUCAGUGUUCCCAAGUCAGUCUCUAUCCAGCUCACCGAGGCGGAGCUUCCGGCAGAUACGGAGUGAAAUUCAUGUUGCUGCUACAGUUGAUGAAACUUGCAAAGAUAAACCGAAACCAAAGCAUUCUGGUGGUACUAUUAAGUACAGAACUGGGGGAACGAAUAUUUUUGCGUUUAGUGGGGAUUCAGUUCCAUGUGGUUCUCUAUCCAACCCACCAAGGCUGUACAGGCAGAUACGGAGUGAAGUUCAUGUUGCUUCUAUGGUUGAUGACACUAGCACUUGCAAAGAGAAAGCAAAGCCAUCUGGUGGAACCUCUAAGUGCAGAACUCCAGAAGCUGAUGUAACAUCUGAUGUUGGCGGUCAAGAGAAAUACUCACUGAACAGGGUUAAGACUGAUAUAUUUGACGGUGAAGUUUGGUCAUCUGUUGUAAACGUUUCUGGAGCUGAAAUUCUUGGUGAUUCAGGUGUUCCUCUGUCAAGAUCACACUCCAACGGUAAAGAUCAUGUAAUAUCUGUCCGAGAUCGGGAUUCCCAAAGUAAGACAUCUCUGAGCUCUUGGUACGAUGUAGAAAACAUGGAAAAGAAAUCGAAUUACUCUGCUCAGAAAAGGUUUUCCCGUGCCCUGCCUUUUGUCUCUGGCCCUAAGAAAGAUGCUAACCCUUCCAAUAAGUGUCAUACAUGGCAUCGAAAGUUUGAUACUUCUGCCUCUCCUUUGGUAGCUGUCAAGCCGUUGUCGCCGACUUUGAUUACACAACCGAAGUUUCCCAUUGUGACUGCCCAAUCUAGUAGUAGUUACGUACGUAAAGGGAAUAGCCUUCUACGAAAACCCUCGUAUGGUUCUCUUGUUAAAACAGGAGAAAUAAUCACUCUUGAGAGGCAGUCAAAUCCUUCCUCAGAUAGCAGCACCUCCAAAGUAUCAAAUGCCAUUGUUACUUCCUCAGGAAAAUCUCCGUUAUCUUACAGCAGGGAUCACCUCAUCUCUGGUUUACCUGAGUCUAUCAUGGACUCUGCUACAUCUGAAGAAGCCAAUGUUGCACACUCGGGUGGAGAUGCAUCCAAGACAUCUGACACACUGAUUCAGACAUAUUAUGCUUCAGAUUGCCAGCAGAAGAGAAAUCAUCCUAAGUUGGAUUCUUCAAAUUUGAAGAGAACGGUAUAUGUAAAAAGGAAGGCAAAUCAGUUGAUUCCUACCUCUGAUGGCUAUUUCAAGCGAAGUAAAAAUCAGCUAGUAAGGACUUCAGCGAGCUGUGUCAGUCACUCACCUGAUGAUGCAUUAGAUUCACAAGCCGCUACAACCAUGGUUUCGAAAAGAUCAUCUAGCGCAGCUUUCUCCCACUCUGCUGUCACGAGACCAUAUAAGCGUUCAAAAUUUUCUCUGGUUUGGACGCAAAAUGAUCCACAGUCAAGAUUGCGCACAAGUCACAUGCGCUAUCAGAGGAUCUUGCCGCAGCUUGUUCCUUGGAAAAGAGUGACAUACUGGAGAAGACUAAUGAAGUCAGUCUCCGGCUCUGCUUUGCGAAAUAGUUCCUUUUCCAAGAGCAGCCAAAAAUUGUCCAUGAUGAGGAAGAGACAUACGGUUUAUACAAGAUCAACAAAUGGGUAUUCACUUAGAAAAUCCAAGGUAUUAAGUCUUGGUGGUUCGCAUUUGAAAUGGUCCAAGUCCAUUGAGAGAGACUCGAGAAAAGCUAAUCAGGAAGCUACCUUGACUGCGGCUGAAUUUUCGAAGAAAGAAAGUGAAAAGCAUUCUGGACAAAGUACUACUAGGAUGACAAGCAGAAACCAUCUGACACGGGAGCGCGUUUUCAGAAUUGGUUCCCUUCGUUAUAAAAUGGAUUCUUCAAGGCGAACUCUUCAGAGAAUAUCUGAUGAUGAUUCACCGUGCUCUGGACCUACUGAAAAUGGAAAAGGCGCAGAAAGACCGUUCAUUCCAAAGAGAUUGGUGAUAGGCAAUGAAGAAUAUGUUCGCGUGGGAAAUGGUAACGAGCUUGUCAGAGAUCCAAAGAAACGAACUCGUGCGUUGGCUAAUGAGAAGGUCAGAUGGAGCCUGCACAAUGUUCGGUUGCGGUCGGCUAAAAAGAAGAAGAAGUACUGCCAGUUCUUCACAAGAUUUGGGAAAUGCAGCAAAGAUGACGGGAAGUGUCCCUAUGUUCACGACCCCUCGAAAAUUGCAGUUUGCACCAAAUUUUUGAAUGGCUUGUGUGCCAAUGAAACUUGCAAAUUGACUCACAAGGUCAUUCCAGCAAGGAUGCCAGAUUGUUCUUAUUUUCUGCAAGGCUUAUGCAAUAAUGAUGCGUGUCCGUAUAGGCAUGUGCAUGUCAACCCCAGUGCAGCUAUAUGUGAUGGGUUCUUAAAAGGAUACUGUUCAGACGGUGACGAGUGUCGGAAGAAGCAUUCCUACACCUGCCCAGUAUUCGAAGCCACUGGAUCAUGCUCUCAAGGAUCGAAAUGCAAGCUCCACCACCCCAAGAACCAAAGCAAAGGAAGAAAGAGGAAAAGACCAGCCGAGCCAUCAGAGAGAAAUUCCCGUGGGCGUUACUUUGGCUCGCGUCACAAAGUCUUUUCUGAGUCUGAGCCAAUGGUAGUGGAUAGACGUCCUACUAACAGUGCAGAUUUUGGAAUAGAAGAAGGCCUUGACUUCAUAUUCCUUGGAGCUACCGAGUAUGAAGCAGGUGAUAACAGUGAUCUAGCCGGCGAGGAAUCUGUCUCCAGUGCUAGUGAAGAACCGGUUUCGGUUUACAAUCUAAUCAGACCAGUGGCUUUGAUGCAGUAAGAAGCAAGUAUCAGUUUUGGGUGACUACAAAGGUAAGCUUUCUCUGUUAGAAAGACAGUGUCUUUUGUCAAAUACGUUAUCUUGUAGCUUUUUAGGGAGUUAGUUUAGCUUUUGUUCUCUUUUCGAUUUGUACAUAGUUAUUUAUCUGUAAACGAUCCAAAUUGGAAUACAUUUGUUUUUGUUGGUC